UCAAACCGCACCUGCACGCACAGAAAACACACCUCUGUGUGGGAUGAGACAAGGGUGGGUAAUGCGCUCUGUCUUAGUCUGUACCUGUCUGUCUGUUCUCAUACACCUCAUAUGCUACUAUUGAGAGAGUUGCAAUGCUCAAACUGCUUAAACAUCUCCAUGGUUCGGAGCUUGUAGCCAAGUUCCAGAGGGCAUGCGGUCUGUUCCUCAUCGAAGCCGCGCAUCAGAACGGAAACUGGGUGCACCCUCCGCGGAAGUCGCCGCUCAUAGACGCAGAAGCACCUCACCAACUUGAUCGACUGCGGUGCGGUAAUGGACACGUUAUUACCAAUGAAAAGGACAGCAACUCAAAUGACAAACACAAGGAAAAUGGAUACAGUGUUGGUGUGUCUUCUAGGCCCCAGUAUGAGGUGAGGAACCGGCUGCUAUACUUCCUGUUCCUGGUGUCGGCCGGGCUGGGUCACGAGGUCUUCUACAUCACCUUCCCUCCUUGCUUACACUGGAACCUGGACCCCUUCCUCUGCAGACGCCUUGUCAACAUCUGGACCAUGGUGAUGUACAUCGGCCAGGCCCUGAAGGAUGUGCUGAAGCUGCCACGCCCUCUAUCGCCCCCAGUGGUGAAGCUGGAGAAGCGUGUGGAUGCUGAGUAUGGCCUUCCCUCCACCCACGUCAUGGCCACCACCGCCAUCUUCUUCACCCUACUCCUCAGUGCCCCUUCCAGGGUUCAAUUCCAGUUUGAAGUGGGUCUGCUUGUGGCGGUGGUGCUGUCUGUGUUGGUGUGUCUGAGUCGUCUGUACACAGGCAUGCAUUCUGUUCUGGACGUGAUCUGUGGUGCUCUAAUCUCAGCCACAUUAAUGUUGGUCACCUAUCCAUACUGGGAAACCUUCGACCGGCUCCAGCUCACCUCCCCACUCUCCCCCAUCGGGGCAUUGGUACUGGCUCUCUUCCUGAGCUACACCUACCCUGAGCUGGACCAUUACACCACCACGCGGGGGGACACCACCACCAUCCUGGGGGUGGGUGCAGGCUGUUCUGUGGGCUACUGGGUAAAUGAGAGGCUGGGGGAGACAUUUGAACCCCAGGGGGUGCUACCCAUACCCCUGCCAGCACUAACACUGGGUGGCUUAGCCCUGGCCAGCUCCCGCUUUGUGGUGGGUGUCGUGGCGUUGGUGGCAACUCGACAGAUAAUGAAGACAGCCAGUCUGUGGGUGCUGUGCUCCUGGUAUGGAGUGUCAGUCAAAGACAUAGACGCCAGGAGAAGGAAGGAGAUCGAGGUGCCAUAUAAAUUCACCACCUAUACUUCUAUAGGCCUGGUCCACUCUAUUCUGGUCAAUAGACUGUUCAUAGUACUGGGACUGCUAUGACCCAAUGCUUUUAUGAACUGUUAAAAUAUAUACACUACCAUUCAAAAGUUUGGGGUCACUUAGAAAACAGUAUCAAACACAGUUUCUGUGAAGGGAGUAGGACGCAGCGUUGUACAAGAUCUUCAGUUUCUGUGAAGGGAGGAGUACACAAGAUCUUCAGUUUCUUGGCAAUUUCUCACAUGGAAUAACCUUUAUUUCUCAGAUCAAGAAUAGACUGACAAGUUUCAGAAGAAAGGUCUUUGUUUCUAGCCAUUUUGAGCCUGUAAUCAAACCCACAAAUACUGAUGCUCCAGAUACAACUAGUCUAAAGGCCAGUUUAAUCGCUUCUUUAAAUCAGCACAACCAUUUUGAACUGUGCUAACAUAAUUGCAAAGGAUUUUAUAAUGAUCAAUUAGCCUUUUAAAAUGAUAAACUUAGAUUAGCUAACACAAUGUGCCAUUGGAACACAGGAGUGAUGGUUGUUGAGAAUGGGUCUUUGUACGCCUAUGUAGAUAUUCCAUUUUAAAAAAUCUGCUGUUUCCAGCUACAAUAGUCAUUUACAACAUGAACAAUGUCUACACUGUCUUUCUGAUCAAUUUGAUGUUAUUUUAAUGGACAAAAAAAAAAGUGCUUUACUUUAAAAAACAAGGACAUUUCAGAGUGACCCCAAACUUUUGAACAGUAGUGUAAAUAUAAGACAUUCUAGGAUCCGGUCAUCAUUCAAGUGUUGUGUAAGAAUGUUCUGACAUUUACAUUUCUUUUUAUACAUCUGACAUUGAUUCUAUAUUUUUCACAUAUCGUGAAUCUUUGAAAGACUGAAGACUAAUAAAAAGACUCCAUGAUCUUAUU